AAUAAUAAUAAUAUAAAAAAUCGUAACCAUUUCAUUAAUAAUAAAGUUAAAUGUAUUUCUGUAGGUUAUCUUUAAUCCGUUUUUUUGAAGUUCGUAUUUUCAAUAUAUUUUAAGUAUUUUUAUUAUACAAUACUACUAGAAAAAUGCCAGCUUUACGUUUGACACGAGAGAGCGAAUAUUCCACAUUUGUGGAAGGUCUAGGACCGGGUCAGUUUGUUGGUAGGCAAGCGUUAGCCUCUCCAUACUUAGGGGAUAUACAGCUGAGUAUCUCUGAUAGAAAAAGGAAGCUUGAAAUUGAAGUUAUCAGGGCAAGGGGUCUUCAACCAAAGCCGGGAGCUAAAAGUUUACCAGCUUCUUACGUGAAAGUGUAUUUAGUACUGGGAAGCAAGUGUCUCUCCAAAGCUAAAACUUCAGCUGCUAGAAGAACUUUGGAUCCGUUGUAUCAAGAACAACUACACUUCGAUGAAGAUUUCAGAGGGUGUGUGUUGCAGGUUACUAUAUGGGGUGACUACGGACGAAUGGAAAAGAAGGUAUUCAUGGGCGUGGCUCAGAUCAUGUUAAACGAUCUAGAUCUUUCCGAUAUUGUGAUUGGAUGGUACAAGUUAUUCCAUCCUGCGUCUCUUGUUAACCUUCCGGGAAAUUCACAGUCGUCAAUAGAUAACUUUGGCUAAUUGUGUUAAUGUUAAAUCUGGAUAGUUGAAGAUGUGUGACAGAAGAUAACGCCGUCCUGGUGACUCUCCCUGAUGUACUUAUACUGCUGUAGAGGGCGCGACCUACCACGGAUAUUUUAUUCUGUACUGUAAACGCCUAGAAUGGACAGAUAUAAAGAGUAACUAGGCGCCUUAAUUAAAACGUUCUUGUACGUUACAGUAGUUCCUCAACGAAUAUAAAACACAAGAUAUGUUAUAAUAGCUGCUCAGUUCUACUUGUAAAUUAAUUUGUUUCACACCUUUCAUGUACAGUAAUUCAACCUUUUCGGUAGAAAAAAUAUCUACAAAUUUACACAACUCGUAUAACAGUGUUAAAAUUGUCAGAUCGCUAGGAGAAACACUUACGUUUUAGAAUAGUAAUUAGAAUAUCUUGUAUUUAAUAUUUCUCUAUAUGUAUCAAAUUUUACUGUUGGAGAUGUAAAAAUAUACUUGCAUAUAUUUAAGAGUUUCUGUAUAUAUAUACCUAUAAAUGUG